UGAGUUUGAUACCACUGGGCUACCGUAUUUAUUUAUGUAGCUAGCUACUUAUUUAGCAAGCUAAAAACACAGAGCCUAACAUUAGCUAGUUAGCUUCUGGGAGGAUGUCAUGUCAUUGGCGGAGUGGUAGAUGCAAAAUGGCGGCCACGGGAGAGGAGGCUGCUGAGAUGGACUGCAUCUCAAGAGUUUCCUUGGCCCAUCCCACCGUCCUCAGCCUGGAAGGGAGCUCAGACCCCCGGGGAGAGCCUGCCUCUGAGGGCCAGGAGGUUGUGACUGCGGCGCCCAAGAAGCCCAUCAACAGCAGUGACGGUGGGGUGGAGACUGCAGAGGAGGCCGUAGAGCCAGCAGAGCCAGACAUCAAUGAACUCUGUACAGACAUGUUCGAUAAGAUGGCUGUCUUCCUACAAGGAGAACUCACUGGCACCUGUGAGGACUACCAUCUACUGGAGAACAUGAACAAGCUGACAAGUCUGAAGUACAUGGAAAUGAAAGACAUCAGCAUCAACAUCAGCAGGAACCUGCAGGACCUCAACCAUAAGUGUUUGUUUAUUAGUCCUUCAGAUGUGACAGGGACGAAAUUCUCACGCCAGCCUGCAGCCUUACUUAGACCAGAUAAAUCAAAUAGAGGAACAAGUGUCUUCUCUGGAGCAGGCUGCUUACAAACUGGACACCUACUCCAAGAAGCUGGAGGCCAAGUUCAAAAAACUGGAGAAGCGAUGAGGAUUAUGGAAGGAGGAAGAGUGGUUACUGGUCCUCCUUCACCCAAGCUGUAAACCAAACCUAACAUAUACGAUCUGAGGAAGCAGACCCACACCUCUACAUCAGCCUGACAUAGAGCAGAAUGGGGCAGCCUGGGGUUGGUCGGAGGAAUAUCCCAGAUGUUACACCUAGCAUUAUCAUUUUGGUUGGAUCAUUUAAGUUGCAUCUUAAUACCAGGUGUAGAUGGCACUUUGGGUAGUUUGUGUCCAUAUUCCUGUUAACAUUCUAGGUCACUCUGUCAGUCCUGUCAAAAUUGCUAUUCACUUCCUGGAUUUACUGAGUUUAUCCUGAAUUGUCCCCUGCUGGGUGCACACUACUGUAGAAUCACCACCCUCCUAACCUAGAAGUUAGUUACACAGAUGACAACCAAAUUCACUUUGAUUGAAGGACAUUAGCUUCUUUAAAUGUUUUCCUGUGCUGCUGGCAUUACUGAAUUAACAUGACAAAAUUACCUUUGUUUUGUGUGAAUACUACUGUCUCUUAAGAUCGUCAUACAUGUGAUUGUAGCUUGUGUAAUUGUAGCUUGGGUAAAAUGUAUCAUUUAAAAACAUUAACUUUGAACUGAAAAUACAUUUAUCAAAGAAACGGAUGUCAUUUCACCAGCAGAUGGCAGCGGUACUCCAUGUUCAUACUGCAAUCCUGUGUGUGUUUGUAAGAUUCGGGGUACAUUUUAUUAAGAGACAGUGUGAUCUCCCAGAGAACAUUAUUGAUUCACAUUACAUUUACACAGAAACAUGCCACGGAACCUAAUCAACACAGAUAACCCCCCCUAUUUGUAUUUAUUUUAUUUAACGAGGUAAGUCAGUUAAGAACAAAUUCUUAUUUACAAUGACGGCCUAUGGGUGGGUGGGGGGAGGGUAGUAGUCCUAACCAUCCACACAGACUACCACUGUAACCUAACCAACCAAACCCACAUUCAGAACCCAUCUAGAGCCCUAAACAACUACAGAAAUAAAAAUAUGUCACAUGCUUUGUAAAAAGUGUACACUAACAUUGAAACGCUUACCUUCAGGUCCUUCUCAACAAUGCAGAGAAAGAUAAAAGUAAUGAUAACUUGGCUACAUACACUGGGUACCAGUAGCGAGUCGAUGUGCCGGGGUACAAGGUAGAUAUGUACAUACAGUGCCUUCAGAAAGUAUUCCUAUCCCUUGACAUAUUCCACAUUUUGUUGUGUUACAGCCAGAAUUCAAAAUGGAUUUAAAUCAAAACAAUUAUAGUCAGACAGCCUUAGACUGACAUCACCAUUUUAAAGGUCUUCAGUUGAUAUUAUUUUAAAAUGCUUAAAGUGGGGUUUAUGUAACGUGCACUAGUCCAUUGCCAUGCAUAGCUAUCUACCAGUGUAGCUGUUCCUGCCCUUAAUUGUUUGCUACUGAGUUGGUUGUUCAGGUUUAAGCCAGGCGUGCUGCGUUAGAUAACUCGCGUGUAGUUCACCCAUGCUUUGUCUCCCUGAAGUAGAUCUAAUCACGUUCUGUUAGAUCACAGGUGUCAAACUCAUGCCAUGGAGGGCCGGCCAGGUGGCAGCGGGUUUUCGCUCCUCCCUUGUACUUCAUUGAUGAAUUAAGGUCACUAAUUAGUAAGGAACUCCCCUCACCUGGUUGUCUAGGGCUUAAUUGAAUGGAAAAACCCAAAACCUGCAGACACUAGGCCCUCCAUGGAAUGAGUUUUACACCCCUGUAUUAGAUGUGGCACUGUCUUGUAAACGACAAAAUGUGGUCAUUUAAACUAAUGAAUGCAAAUAACUUCAAUCAUAGUUUCCAUCGUCUUACCUGGUCUAAUUAACAAAGUAAAGUCGUUGUCAUUAAAUGCUCAUUCUCAUCGGUUAGUACGUGUGGGCGGAGUUGAGGUGUAAGGCGAUAAAUGCUUUCCUUUUCUCUCCGCUUGAACAUCAAUUUACCUUGUAGCAGAUUGUUGCAUCAUGUACGUACAGGCAGUUGAUUUAGGAUGUUGUAGACUCUCUUUCCUUCCACUAAGGGGACAGUUGGACUGUUUAAAACAGGAAAAAGGGGUAAUCCCAAUAUAUGUUUUAGUAUUUAGGCCUAGUAUUAGCUGCAGUAGUAACCCUAUUGAGGGGCUGAGCUUUAGACUUGCCAUCUUCUGUCAUUUGUGUGAGUUUUCAUAUUCUUAAUGUUGCUGUUAUUGACAACUGUUUGAGACAAGCCAUGUAUCCUGAAAUCCUGCAUCUGUAAUAUAUUAAAGUAUUACUUUGUAUCCUC